AUGAUGAGAAUAAUAUCUAUCCUUCUCGUCUUAUGUGCAGCAAAUACUUUGGCCGAGGAAGAUCCUUUUGCUUUUUACAAUAGCACAGAUCAAAUAACAUUGACUUCGCUGGAUGAGCAAUCACUUCCUUGUAUUCUGUAUAUACGAGAGACAGACUAUGCGGAUGGGACAGACGGGGAAACUUGGGAAUGCAGAGUCUUUGGCCCCGAUGCCCAAACCGCUGGGGCCGUUGCUGAAUCCAAGCAUGCGAUGGUGGAUAUCGAUGGAAUUGAUCUUGUCUUAGCUGCGAAACCAGAUAUUACGAGUGGUGUGACAACGUUAUUCGCGGACGGGGCCACAUUAGGAAAUCACACCCUGUACAUUUCUUCCAGCAACAAUCUUUUGUUUGGAGAUGAUUCAUUUGGUGAUGCACGAAGACAACGAAGAGGAUUAGUUACUGGGAUGGGUGAUCAAAGUGUGCUUGUAGUUCGAGUGACAACUACUGACGCCAGGCUUGGAGCUGACGCUGCAGAAAUAAGUGACAAUAUCUUUGGAACUGAUGGUGAUCAAGUCAACAUCAAGAAGAACACGGAAGAGUGUUCCAAUCAUGCAGUGACCAUCGAGCCUGCAACCACAACUGGAAUGGGGUGCAAAGAUUUGGACAAUUUCCAGGGCUCUGCAAAGACCCGAAGUGGAAGAGAUGUCAACUGCGACUGGUUCACCGCCAUGGAAAUAUACAAACCGGGUGUGUAUUGCCCUUGGAUCGGGGACUGGGCAGACAUUGGCGGCGGUCCCGAAACGGCAAACAGUGCUUGCUGUGCUUGUAAUGGAGGUGAACAAGCAAGCUACGAAAAGGAAAUCGUAGAUGGUGUUAUUGAUGUGGAGCUAGACCUCGCCUCUAUUGGAGCCGAUCGCCAUGACAUGGAAGAAGCCGCGGAGCAACAACUCUUGGAUAUGUUUCUCACCACGAAUCUCAGCUUGCUUUUUGACUUGGUUAUGAUGUGCGUCCCAAGCGGAUCCUAUCGUCCUUCCGACAAUUCCCGUAGGUGGCGUGCCUACGCGUACGUUGGAGGGUGGAUCAGUGUUUACAAUGGAGAUGAGAAUUGCCGUAACCCCGCAGCACAUGCCCAUGAAAUCGGUCAUAACUGGGGUUUGCAGCACUCCAGUGAUCGCUUUGACUCAUGGAACAGAGAAUACGGUGAUUUGACUGGUGUCAUGGGAGGAACUUAUGGAAACAUAGACGAAGAGAUUUUUGGAGGCAAGUACUGCUUCAAUGGUGCUCACUCUUGGCAGCUUGGGUGGUAUGAUCAACACAACGUUGAAAUCGAUCCAUUGACAGAGACAUACACUGGAUCCUUAGCCGGGGUCGCCAAACUCCCAAAUCUCGAAUCUGGUGAAAAUGUCGUGGUAAAAUUUUCCGACAGCAGCAACGACUAUUAUGUGAUGUACAAUCAUGCAGUUGGCGCCAACGCUGGAACAAUCGAGGCACAAAACCAAGUCACCGUCACCUCAAGAGUUGAUGACUUUUCAGCUUUUACUUAUUUGGAGGCUAAGCUGACCAAAGACCAAUACUUUACCAUCACAAACUUUCGAGGGACGGGAAAUUCUGUAACUGUCCACGUUUUUGCCCUCGAUCAAAGUGCAACAGGAAGUGCGCAAAUCGAGAUCUUUGAAGGGGACAUUACCGACAGUCCUGAAAUCGCAAGAGCACAAGCUGAAAUUGCACAAGCACAAGUAGCAGCAGCAGCUCUUGCAGCAACCGCCGGGCCUACAACUGGUCCCACUGAUGCACCAACGUUGAGCCCUACUGAUGCACCAACGCCUGUUCCAACAAGUGGGCCUACAUCUGGUCCAACCCAGGAAUCUCAAGAGACGGAAACAGUUUCAGGUCUCACCCAAAAACUCACUGGCCUGACAUCCUGUGAUACACAGUGUCAAAUUGCUUGGAUUGAAACGAUGGAGCAUCACACUUUGAACUUUUUUGCCUCUCAUGCAACAAACUUCACCGUUUUGGGCAUCACCAUUGUCAUUGAUAAUAUUGGGUUCACGGAUACGUCAGCCCGCCGCCUUGAAGAAGUGUCUGGAGUUGUCAUCUCGUACAACGAAACGAUUCAAUACUAUCGCCAGAAUGGUGUCAAUGUCACUGCCAGUGAGCUGGCGUCAGAUGCACUACAAGAAGAAAGCGACUUAGAAACUUUUGUACAAGAACUCAAGAAAAGUUCACCAGCGACUUUCGAAAACAUCGAAAAGGUUUCUCCAUCUCAGUUGGCAUCGCCGCCUACCUCUGGCCCCACUUCUGGGCCGACAUCUAUCCCUACAGCAGGUCCAACACCAGUGCCAACAUCUGGUCCUACAUCUACACCCACUGCCGGUCCAACACCAGCGCCAACAUCUGGCCCAACAUCUGGCCCGACAGCAGGUCCAACAUCGGUGCCAACAUCUGGCCCUACAGCAGGUCCAACAUCGGCGCCAACAUUAGGUCCAACAUCCGUACCCACUGCCGGUCCAACGUCGGGCCCAACCUCUGGACCCACUGCCGGUCCUACCUCGGGCCCAUCAUCUGUACCUACUGCCGGUCCAACCUCGGGCCCAACAUCUGGUCCUACAACCGGACCAACUGCUCCUCCAACCGUGGGUCCUACAUCUGGUCCUACCUCUGGACCUACAACCCCUCCAACAGUGGGUCCUACAUCUGGUCCCACCUCUCGACCUACAACCCUUCCAACAGUGGGUCCAACAGUGGGUCCAACAUCGGGUCCUACCUCUGGACCCACCACCCGUCCAACAGUGGGUCCAACCGUCGGUCCAACAUCGGGACCUACGGCCGGUGCAACGUCGGGUCCAACAGCGGUUCCAACAGUCGGUCCUACCUCUGGACCCACUGUCCCUCCAACAUCAUUUCCAACGUCAGGCCCCACGUCAGCUCCUACUGUUGCACCAACGUCAGGCCCAACUCCAGGUCCUACUUCAGGCCCCACAUCUGGUCCCACGGAGGGGCCCACCUCAGGCCCAACACCUCGUCCUAACGAACUUCUCCAAACACAAGAGGAAGCUCUUCUCCAAACACAAGAGAAGCAGUCUCAUAACGAAGAGGGGGAUAGUUCUGCUGUACAACUAGAGCUUACCACUGAGAAUGCCGAGACUACUGAGAAUGCCGAGACUACCGAGGAGACUACUGAGAAUGCUGAAGGCAACGGUGAUCCUCACUUCAAGACAUGGAAGAAUGAACACUUUGAGUAUCAUGGACAGUGCGAUAUUGUCAUGGUUUCGAACAAGGACUUUGCCGAUGGUCUCGGCAUUGACAUUCACAUCCGUACCAAGGUGGUUCGAUUCUGGAGUUACAUCGAGAGGGCCGUCAUUCGUAUUGGAACUGACAUUUUGGAAGUGGAAGGGUCCCCCGACUUUUCCGCUAGCUAUUGGGUCAACUACGAACACAUGGGCGAGUUGACAGAUCUAUCGGGCUUUCCUGUAUCGUUAAAUGAUAACACGGACCGAUAUACCAUUGAUCUGGACAGCCUCUAUCCAGGAGAGAAGAUCGAAAUCAAAAUCUUCAAGGAAUUUGUUGGAGUAAAGAUCAACGGUGCUUCCGAAGCGUCCUUUGGGAACUCGGUUGGUAUUACCGGCGAUUUCCGCUCUGGCAACACCUAUGCUCGUGAUGGCAGCACUGUGCUCAACGACUUUAACGAACUUGGAAGUGAAUGGCAAGUAUUGCCAUCCGAUGGUUCCUACUUUCACUCAACCUCGAAACCACAAUUUCCUGAAAAGUGCUAUGUUCCGGAAGACCCGCACGGCGAGCGCCGACGUCGAUUGGACGAGGCUUCCAUCACGGAGGAACAAGCGGAAGCAGCCUGCGCGGGGCUUGAGGAUGAGUUCAGUCGCAAGGGUUGCAUUUACGACAUUCUUGCAACUCAAGACUUGGAUAUGGUGGGCGCAUAUUGA